AUGUCACGUUACAGAGGGCCUCGUUUCAAAAAAAUACGUCGUCUGGGGGCUUUACCCGGACUAACUAGUAAACGGCCUACAGUUGGAAGAAACCAAUCGCCUCCCAUUCAAAAAUCUCAAUAUCGUAUUCGUUUAGAAGAAAAACAAAAAUUGCGUUUUCAUUAUGGUCUUACAGAACGACAAUUGCUUAAAUACGUUCGUAUCGCUGGAAAAGCCAAAGGGUCAACCGGUCAAGUUUUACUACAAUUACUUGAAAUGCGUUUGGAUAACAUACUUUUUCGAUUGGGUAUGGCUUCGACUAUUCCUCAAGCUCGUCAAUUAGUUAACCACAGACAUGUUUUAGUUAAUGGUCGUAUAGUAGAUAUACCAAGUUAUCGUUGCAAACCCCAAGAUAUUAUUACAGCAAAGGGCGAACAAAAAUCUAGAACUCUGAUUCAAAAUUCUCUUAAAUCACCCCCCCGCGAAGAUUUGUCAAAGCUAACCCAUUUGACUCUUGAUCCACUCCAAUAUAAAGGAUUAGUCAAUCAAAUAAUAGAUAGUAAACGGGUUGGUUUGAAAAUGAAUGAAUUGCUGGUUGUAGAAUAUUAUUCUCGUCAGACUUAA